AUGGGGGAUGUCUACAGCUUUGGCAUUGUCAUGCUGGAGGUGCUCACUGGACGGCCACCUACUGGGCAAGAGAUGGAAGACGGGGGUGGGAACCUCGUCGACUGGGUGCGGUGGAUGAUUGCUCAUGGACAUGAGGGCAAAUUGUUUGAUCCUUGCUUGCUAGUUUCAGGCCUACGGCAGAAACAGAUGGUGUGCAUGCUUGGCAUUGCUCAGCAAUGCACCACCAACGAGCCAUGGAAUAGGCCGACCUUUGGCCAAUAUGGUGAAGGACCUCAAGAUGAUUCAGAUGAUGAAACAUGA